UGACGACGCUGUGCGACAGGAACUGCAUUGAAGAUUGAAGCAUAUCGUUGUUUCUUUGCUAUCCAAAUUCCAUAUACAUUCUGCUCUACAAUAUUCCGCAAAUAUGGCCACCGACAAGAAGGAGAAGAUGGAACCGCAAAUCAAGUCCGUCGACAUGACGGAGGAUAUGCAACAAGAGGCUGUUGAAGUUGCGAUCGAGGCGAUGGACAAGUACCACGUUGAGAAGGACAUCGCCCAGUACAUUAAGAAAGAGUUCGAUUCGCGCAAGGGAGCAACAUGGCACUGUGUAGUAGGAAGAAACUUUGGCAGUUUUGUCACGCAUGAGACGAAACACUUCAUUUACUUCUACCUCGGGCACUGCGCCAUCCUCCUCUUCAAGACGCAAUAGAACCGCUCCGACUACACACAUUCAAAUCUCAUUCGCAAGGUCAGACGACGUUGUGCCUGGUCUCAGGAGAUGAUAUACCCCGUAUAUGUCUCACCACCAGGGGGGACUUACGGCGACAUACUACUUCGAUUGCUACACACACGAGCGACGUGGAGACUGUCCGCUGAUUUGGCCUGGAGGAGUUCUACGUUGUGGUAGCGGGUUCCCUCUAUUUCGCUUUCUCUUGUUCAUUUCUUGGUUGUCUUGUUGAAGCGUUUACGAAUUAAACAUUCGAGUGACAUAAUUAUAUGUGUAAACGACUUGGGCAGAAAGUUGGCAUGGCCUUGUAAACAUAUAUCCAUGGUCUCAUUAUAGCAAUCGGUAUUCCUCCAUGACAGCGCAUACAAGGUCCUCCCAUUCCUCCAAGC